AACAAAUCACCCAAAAAAAAAAAAAAAUCUCUUAGAAAAGAAAAAGAAAGACGAAGAAAACAAACAGAGAAAUCCAGCAAAACGGAAUGGCGAAAAUUGAUGUCUGAUUAGAGAGAUAGAAAUUGUGAAUUAGGAAGACAAUUUCACGUUUAGCAUUCCGAUCCCGAAUUCUUCGCCCUUGGCAUGCUGAACUGAAAAAUUGUUGCUGGGAAGUGUGAGGAUUUGCUCUGAGUUAUUGCAACCCCCCGUUAUUGAGUGCAGAAAAUGCUGGCAGAUGCCCCCUCGUCCAAUAUGAAUUCACCUAUUUCAUCAUCUCAAGGAACAUUUCCUAAUUCAAGGAUCGAAAACUAUGAAUACCCCAAUAGUGGGGCCUCCUCUUCUCUUUCCCGGUUCAAUGCAGAUAUCAAUGGCAGUGAUGAAUCUGAUUUGCUCUCACUUUCAUGGAAUCAGGACUAUGGCUGCUUUGCUGCUGGAACAAGUAAUGGUUUUCAUAUCUAUAAUUGUGAACCUUUCAAAGACAUUUUCCGACGUGAUUUAAAAAGUGGCGGUUUCAAAAUUGUAGAGAUGUUGUUCCGCUGCAAUGUUCUAGCACUUGUUGGUGAUGUAGCUAAUUCCCAUUACCCACCCAAUAAAGUUUUGAUUUGGGAUGAUCAUCAGCGCAGGUGCAUGGGUGAAUUCACAUUUAGAUCCGAAGUUCGUGGUGUGAAAUUAAGACGGGAUCGAAUUGUAGUUGUUCUUGAGCACAAGAUAUAUGUUUACAACUUGAUGGAUUUGAAGCUUCUUCAUCAAUUUGAUACUAUGGCAAAUCCUAGGGGAUUGUGCUGUCUUUCAUACCAUUCAAAUACAUUUGUUUUAGCUUGUCCGGGCUGUCACAAAGGACAAGUUCGAGUUGAACACUUUGGACUGAAUGUGACAAAAUUAAUCAACGUUCACAAUUCCGAAGUUGCAUGCUUCACUAUGACAAUGGACGGGCUCCUUCUUGCAACUGCUAGUGUGAAGGGCACUUUGAUUAGAAUCUUCAAUACAAUGGAUGGCUCUCGUUUACAAGAAGUAAGAAGAGGGGCAGAUAAUGCUAAAAUCAACAGCAUAGCUCUGUCUCCAAAUGCCCAGUGGUUGGCAGCAUCAAGUGACAAAGGCACUGUUCAUAUAUUCAACUUGAGAGUGAGAGUCUUUGGGGAGGAUAGUGUAAUACACCCAAAUGCUCUCCAAGGGCCUGUACUGCUUCAUCAGAAUUCUUCAACUGCUUUAGAUCCCUUGAUUUCUCCAAAUACCGGUGCCAACCCCAAUUCAUCAUUAUCUUUCAUGAGAGGGUUUUUACCUAAAUAUUUUAGCUCAGAAUGGUCAUUUGCACGGUUCCGCUUGCCUGGUAAAACUAAAUUCAUUGUGGCCUUUGGAUCUCAUAACACCGUCCUUAUUGUUGGCAUGGAUGGAAGUUUCUACAGAUGCAUCUUUGAUCAAGUACACGGGGGAGAGAUGUUGCAGAAGGAUUAUGUUCGCUUCCUAAAACGUUAACUAAGCACUGAGGAACUAUUUCAAGCACUUCAAAUCCUCAACGAGCAGUAAAAUCUUCCCAAGAUGUAUAUUGUAAAUAUCAUGUCCCUAACACCAAACUUUUUCUCCUUAUAUGUAAAUAUGAUACCUGUCUCAAUUUGAGGAUCUUGAGAAUCGCAUGUAAAUAUUGUGUCAAAAAGGAAUGAAAUUGAAAAGGAGAUAAAUUGAUAGCAUUUGCUAAGGAAUAACGUGUUUGUUGAAUGCGUUACUUUACUUGCA